AUGGAGUGCCCAUGGGAAAGAGGUGACGACCUUCCUUUCGAUGAACCUGUGGACGACUUGUCAUGGCUGCCGAAUGUGCUAGACGAGGACAGGAGAUCGGAGAACUUCAGCGAUGUAAGCCCGCAUUCCAUGGACCUCGGGCGUUGUUCAUUCAUGGGUGGAGCUAGGGGGGACGAGUUCGGGGACAGUCCGCCCUACUGGUCUGAGCCCAGCGAAACCGAGAUGAAAAGGGCGGCGGUGCGGCAAGCGAGAAGACUGCUUGCUAAGAGCUGUACACUGGCGGAGAAGUUGGGCGACUUGGCUUUGGGACGCCUCACUAUCCUAAGGAGCAGGAAUCUUCCGUCAGGGAUUCAGCGAUUGAUUUGUGACUUCCUUCCUUUGCCGGCACAGGAGCUUCAAGGCCACCGGAUGUUGGGAUUACAUACGGGGCUGAAGCUCUUCUUCCACUCGAUGGCUUCGCUGCCCGCAGGUCGGCUGAUGUGUACUUCCGGCAGCAGCCUGAGUCUUAAGGGCGCGGAGCUUUCCUUAGCUGACUUCUGCGCUCGCCUCGGUUGCCCAAUCUCUCCUUCAGCGCCUGUGGCUGUUGCCACAAGCUCAGAGGAGUUGCUGGUUCUACGAACUGCUGGAGAGCUCAGACUGGGAGGAGAACAUCUUGUUGAGGAGUCUGACGAGGAUGAUGAUCUUCCCAGCAGCGAAAUGUUUCCGCAAGAUGCGCCUGUCAGCACAAGGCGAGCACCAAAGCCAAAACAGCGAGUUGAGGUGAAAGACUCAGAUGUUCAAGCCAACUGCCUGCAGUCUUUACCUUUGGAUAGUCGGCUGUUUGCCCUGGCCGGAAUGGAUCACGCAGACCCUGGCUCGGACAUCAGCUCCGUGGACAUCGGCGCUUCUGCGAGUUUGGGCCGGGGGGUGAUCCACAACCUGCUCUGCAAGGGUGCCAAUCCCUGCGUGCACUUCCCUGAUUCCACCGGAACAGUCAGAACUGCUGGUGAAAACGCAGCGCGUGCCAGAGAUUCAUCACAGCAACGUAUAGAUGAUCUACUAGCUCAUAGGCUUUGCCAUCACAUGUGCUGCGACCACAUGUUUGCUGGCACGCCCGAAGAGGCAAGGCGCCACGCAGGGGUUCUCCUGGAUGAUCUCGCUGCGCUGGAGGAACACGUGGCCCUCCUUAAAGCAGCUGCACAGGUUUGGAGCAAAGCAACUCCUUCAAAACACAUGCUGUGCUCUACGAGCUACCUCUACGGUCGUGGGGUGCUUCUGCCAGAUUUUGGUGAGCUUCAUGCUGCUUUAGCUGCAGUUCCCUCAAAACGGGUACCCUCAAGCGAAGACAUCCAGGCAGUGGCAGAUGCACUGAGGAGCCUGGCAGAGGCAGAGAGCAAGGAGGACCGAAGAAGUCAGCUGGAGCUGUGCUGCCCAAUUGCUGAGCAACUCGGUAAGCCCUUGGCCCUUGGCACAUUUUAUGUUUUCUUUUGUUAG